AUGAUUACGGGAGCUGAAGGUCGACAAAAUCACACGUUAUUGGAUAUAAAAAAGCAGCAAUGGGCUAAAGAAAAGGAGGAAAUCGCCAAAUUGGAUGAAAUGUUUUCCUCCUCUAUGCAGUCAUCAUCUUCCACCCAUCAUCACCAGAAAAUAGAACGCACUUCCAUACGCACUUAUUACUCCAAUCUGGACCUUAGUCAGUCCUCUAAGAGAAACUCACGUCAACAUUUAUACCAACAACAGCAGCAGCAACAACAACCCUACAAUAAUAUGCAAACUUUGGUAACUCGGAAUCCCAAUCCAAAACAAAGAUCUCAUCCCAUGCAACAAUCCCAGCCAGCAGCAGAAAAGCAGCUUGUCAAAAGAGGCCAAAGCUAUGAUUAUAUGAACAAUUAUAUAGACCAAGAUGAGGAAGAGUUUUUGGAUGACAUGGGCCAUGAGGCAGACUUUGAGGAUGACAUGCAGCCCUAUAUGAAGAUGAGAAGAAAUAGCCAACAUCCUGCCAGGCCGCCUUUGCUAAAUCAACGUCAUAAUACCACUAGUAUGAUGUCGCAACAACCUGGACAACGUAAAUAUUCUUAUGUGGAACUUAUGCCCAAUACUAUGCAAACAGCCAAGGGUAGAAUACAAAAUCAGGCAACACAUAUGCAACGUAUACGUAGUCCUAGUUUGCCUGUCAUACGUCACCGGGGUGACUAUUUUACCUAUAAUCAACAACAACAGCAGCAGCAGGAUAAAAUUCCUUUAAAGCUAGCUAUAAACCCACAUAACACACAACUUGUUAGUGUGGAUCCUGGUAACCAGCAGCAACAACAGCACCAACAACACCAUAAUCAUCGACUAAACAAUCAGUUACAACAAUUGCCUGGAAAUCCCUUACACAACGGUUGCCAGGAAGAAGACACUUCGGGCUAUAUAAGUGAUUCUCCCAAAAAUUUACACACCCCCAAUAUUUGGUUUAAUGAUGGGGCCAGCCAGGUGGAAAGUGUGGCAAGUGCUGUUGACAGCAACAGUUUAUUAUCGGUAGAGGGUACGGAAUAUGUGGCUAGAAGAAACAAAAGAUCGAUAAUAAAUCAACAGCAGCAGCAACAACAGCAAUUGCUAAGAGCGGCAAAAGGUCAACAAACUCAAAAUGAGGAGCAUAUAUUAAACAAAACUUAUAUAGUAAAGGGUAGAAGGGGCUCUCAACAGCAGUUGGUGGUGGCCUAUGAUAAUGAUGAUGGUUUGGAGGUAUCCGGAAAUAUUAAGGGUUACCAGCAAGGAGGUUACUAUCAGUCCUCUAAUUCACCUCCCACACCCAAUCGUGAUGUGUCCACUUCAAAUACUUAUCAAAUACAUCACAGCGAUGAGUCAGAGAUUUAUAACCAACAUUCACAAGAGGAACGUGAAAGGGCCAAGUGGUGUUACACUCAAACCCAGGAUAGUCAAAGCAAACAUUUACAGCAACAAUGUGGUCCGGGCUGGUUAAGUCGGGGUCUACAUGAUAUUAAAGACAGUGAGGAUGAUGCACAGUCCUUGCAGUCCUCAUGCUAUCUAAGAGGCCAGAAUGCUCCCAUCGAGCCCCAUGUUAUGGCUGAAAGAUUGGAUAAGAAACGCAAAGCAGCUGAGUAUCAUUUGGCCAUUAAACAGCAGCUUCAAGAAAGGGAAUCCAUGCGCAGAUGGGAACUGGAGAGACAAAGGCAGGAAGAGGAAAUUGAGGAUGAAAGAGUAAGAAAAGAAAAGCAAUUGGAACAAGAACGUUUAGAUAAGGAAAGAAGGCAACAAUUGGAAAAGGAAGAAAUGCAAAAAAGAAAGCAACAGGCCAUGUUGGAUGCCAUAAACAAAGCAGAACAGGCAGCUAAAAUGGAAAAACUAAAGAAGAGAAAUAAAAAAAUACAGCAGGAGGAUGAAAAUUUUAAAGAAAUCCAGCACCAUGAGGAUGCUAAACAAGAAAUUGAAGAAAAUCCCAAAGAAUUACUGAAAGUUUUGUCGCUAGAUGAGGAAGAGCAAUCAAAGGAUGCGCCAAAUGAAUUACCAACCAAUAGGGAACCUGAAAAGGUAGAGGAAGAGCAAAAAGUUUUGAUAGGUACCCCCAUCAAUCUCAGAAGAGCAUUUAGCAAACCCAUUACACCAGCUCCUGCACCAGAACCCAACAUAUUACCAACUCAUGCCGCAGAAAAUGUUGUCAUAAUGCAGCCAGCUACCCUGAUACCACUGCCAGUUACUACGGAUAUUUUGGGUCUGCAGACUGCCAUAGGAAAUCUACAAAUUGCCACCUAUCUAAUGCAGCAACAUCUUAAGCCCACAACGGCUGCCUCAACAGAAGAUUUCUCCAAGACCACUGGAGGAGCUUAUACCCAGAGAACAGAUACUUCUAUUUACACAGAAGAUGGCUACCAGCCGGAUAAAGUAGAGGAUAUUGAGAAAGCUACACAAACCAUAAAUGAGUUUGUUGAUAGAAAUAUGGAAAUGCAAAAGAACUCAACACGUGAGAAUAUAGAAAAAUCAGUAGAAUUUGCUGAUUCUCAAGAAGAUUUAAAUAAAAUGGCUUUGAUACCCCUACAAAAGCGAGCUAAACAAACGGUCAGUGAAUCUUCAGAGGACUCUAAAGAUACUCAAGAUAUACAGGACAGCAAACUAAGUCAAGAUGUGGAAACACAAACUGAAUUGCCCCUAAACUGUGACUUGUGUUUGUUUCAUGAUAAUUUCUAUAAGGUUUUGCUAAAAAGAGAAGUAUCCACCACCACCACAACACACACAGCCAAGACCAAAACCAAGCCAGCCAAAGAAGCCGAUAAAGAUCAAGAGACCACCACUACAACAACUACCACUACUACCACCACUUUCAAGGCCAAAUCUAAGGAUAAAGAUAAAAAACGUGGCUCUAAAGAGGCACACAACAAAAUCGAUGAACGUCCUAAAUGGGGAGUCAACAGGCCCAUAAUGCAAUAUGUCAAGGCCAGUGAUCGUGACCCCUUCUGCUUGCGCAACAAGAAAAAACAUUGCAAUACAGCAGCCACCAGCAAACAUUCACGUUCCCAGUCCGUAGACUCUAGAUUGGAUAAUCAUGCCAAGGAGUGUACAGAAAAAGAAGAAGAAAAUGAGGAGAAUGAUGAAAGUGAAACCUCGGCAGAGCAAGAGGGUUUUUUACUUAAGGCUCGCAAUGUAUGCACUGAAAUUUUACCCAUUAAAACGGAUGAGAAGGGGAGAAUUUUUUUGAAUUUUCGAGAGGCUAGCGCCAUAAUGAAUGAGGAUGAAAUCAAGGAGAAAUUAAGGCAGAAAUACUUUAAUUUUGGCCGGAUUUUACCUAGGCGCAGUUGGGCCUCAGCUACUCAGCAUGCUGGCAUAAAUUAUACCAUUGCGGGGGUGGGGGAUAUCAAUGGAGAUUAG